AUGUCUAACAGCGGCUACCUCAUGGUCCUGGUGGAAAGCUUAAGACAAGAGGACCUGGCCCUGCAGAGUCUGCUCAGCCCCCAGCCUCCACUACUUAAAGCCCUCUACAUCUAUGAGUCGAAAAUGGGGGCAGCAGAGUUACUUCACUGUCGGCUGACUGUGCAGCUGGUGCAGUGUGAGGUGUAUGACAUGCGUCCAGAGACUCUCACAGGUCUGGUGGCGAUGCCAGGUCCAGGUCUUAAGAGAGGUACAGGUCAAAUGCAGGAGAAUGUUCAGUGUGGUGUCCCUCUUCUCAGCAGGGUGUAUGGACAGAGGGACCCCUCGGGUUUUAUUCCAAAUCCACUCGAUCGCUACAGACAGAUCCUCCUCCCAGUGCUGCGUCUCUGCCAGGUCAUCCUCACCUCCAGUACCGCACAGCACCAUCAGGCUGCAGCACAGUUCUUGAUUGUCCACUCUGACACAGUCCACUCCAUUCUGCGCUGCCAGGAGGUAACGGCCGGCUCCCUACAGGAGCUGUCUCCACUGACGGGCAUCAUCAGCAAAGUGGUGCUGCCAGCCUUGGGGUUAUGGAAUGCCCUUUUGGAUUCCAUUGUGUCAUUAUCAAGCCUCUCCGGGUUUAAAACUGCUGAUCAGCGUCAUCUGCGUCCUGAGGUGUUGUUGUGGACCCUGGGCCAGGAUGUUAACAGCGGAUCCCUAAUGGAGUAUGAGGGGCACAUUAGCCGAUUCCAGCGCCAGUGCCUAUCCUUACUCAGUCGCUUUGCAGGAUCAGAGCGAAUGAGACAGAUGAAGCUGGCUGAGGAAACAGCAACCCAGGGAGACUCUGCAGACCAGAGAGAGAUGAUGGAAGCCUCCAUCCAGCAGAUUUGUGCCAACGUUAUGGAGUCCUGCCAGUCCCUGCUUCUCCAGAGCUCCCUUGAAUCCCAGUUCAGCGUGUGUCUCUUUAGCCCCACAAUGUCUUAGUAAGCGAGCCGGGACGGACCCAGAGCGGAUGACAGGAGUCCCACACUCCCACGUUCCCUGUAUGGGGCUCAUCAUUUACCUUCUCAAACAGACGGCAACCGACUUCUUCUGCUUCUAUGAGAGCCACUGGCAGUGGCAGCAAGAUGCAGAGGGUGGAGAACCUUCCCCCAGACGAUGUCAAGGAGUUGUGUCAGUCCCUGGUCAGCCUAUCCUCUGGAGUGGAUAAGAUCUCCUCCUCUCAGCGCUACAUCCUGGCCAAGCGGCGUCUGGUGAAGAUUAUCAACAACCGGGCAAAACUGCUGUCGCUCUGCUCCUACAUCAUUGAGACCUGCCUGUUUGUGCUCUGGCGCCACCUGGAGUAUUACAUGCUUCACUGCACCCCUGCUAACACUCAGGACCCUCCUGAGUGCCCGACCCUCCUUCAGAAGCAGGCGUCCAGAGGAUUCCUUUGGAGUUUUUCCAGCCACUGAUGUGAGAAGUUCCGGCCUCUCUCGAGUGAGCCAGCAGGACUUGGAUCAGUUGCAGAACGACAUGGCUUGUAGUUUUGGGGAAUCGCUUCAGAAGAUACUUCUAGAGGUGGAAGGGCUCUAUUGCCAGGUCCGCUCACGAUAUACAUUCAUUCAGGCACUGGUGAGACGCAUCAGGGGCCUUCUAAACCCCAAGAGCUAACGUGCUGCCCUGCCCACUGCCAGAAGAAAUGACUAAGCACAGAAGUAGCUCAGCUGCCUUUAUUUGUAUUUAAACUGGUGUCUUUACAGGAAAAUAAUCCACCAUUAUGGCUCUACUUUUUGUAUUUCGUUUUUCAACAGAUAUUAGAACACUGUAAAAUAAGCCUCCCCCAAAGUGAAAAUAAAUGUGACUAUUUAA